AUGUUAUCAAGGCGGAUGCUCUCCCGAGAGGAGGAAGCCACGAUCGGCGAAGAAAAGGAAGUCCGACGUGAAGACCAAGAAAAGAUCAAUCGCUUCUCCAGACUUCACUCGCGCGAGAAGGGAUUAGAGGAGGAUCUCAAGGUCAAACAAAAAGACAAGGAGGAUCUAGAGGAAAUCAGCGGCGAGCUCGAACUCGCAGAUGAAGACGACAAAGUCCCGUAUCGGAUAGGGGACUCGUUCUUCUCGCUGCCAGUGCCCGAAGUUCAGGAGCUGCUCACGGCUUCCGUCGAGCGCAUUGAUGGUGAGGUUUCGACUGUGGAAGAGAAGCUCGGCGAGCUACGCGAGGAGAUGCAAGAAUUGAAGGCUGCAUUAUACGGUCGGUUUGGCAAAAGCAUUAACCUCGAGGCUUGA